AUGAAGGUCAUCAUAGCUGGCGCAACCGGCCUCUUGGGUGCCGAGAUCGUAAGGCAAAGCUUGCAGAUCCCCGAGAUCACUCAGGUGGUUGCUUUGGCUCACGAGACGGUGCACCUUGACGAAAGUAUCGACUCAUCAAAGGUGAGAAGCGUUGUGAUUGACAAUUAUGGCGAAUACCCUGACGACGUGACGGCGGAGUUUGCCGGGGCUGACGCUUGUAUUUGGACUGUGACCCUCACACCCCUCGAACCCGGCGUUGACUUUGCUGAGGUCAAGCGCGUAUGCCAUGACUACACCAAGCUCGGGUUUGAGGCCAUGUGCGAGGCUGGACCAGCGCGUCCCUUUCGCUUCAUAUACCUAAGUGCGGAGGGAACACCUCAAGAGCCAACAAAGGAUCCAGUAAUCCUACCAGACUUCUUCCUCAUGCGGCGCAAUACAGAGCUCAUGGUUCAAAAGUUUCCCCGGGGAAAGCAAGGAGUUGAGGUUUGCAUCGCUCGGCCUGGUGUUAUUGCUAACUCCACGACUUGGUCAAACACCUUGGUGGCCAAACUUUUCGUAUCAUCAAUCGAUUUGGACGGACCCUUCCAACUAUACAACGAAGUGAACUCGCAGCGGCAGUGCUAA